GGGGGGGGGGGGGAUUUAAUGCUUUAGUAUAAAAUUUCCCGCCCAGUUCAGUUGUGUUGGGAGAGUGAAAUGCCAAGGGUUCCACACGCCUCCCCGGCCGGCACUGUAACAUAACACAGCGUUUGGACAGUACAAGCAGCGUACCAGCAGUAGUGCAGUCAGUUGGGAGCAUUGUAAGGUGUCCUUAAGUCGUCCUUGACAUCACAGCCAUGAAGCUGGUCCGGCGCUCCCUGUCGGAGGACUCCGUGGAUCGCUACAACCACCUCUGGUCUGUGGUCUUACUGCUAAUCCUAUCCCUCAUCACCUGGCUGCUUCCCUUCAGCCCGGCCUUCAGUUCCCUGGUGGAAAACUCCAGAUCUACACAGUCUCCUGCUGGUGAAGUCUUGAAGGCGAUGAAUCAAAGGCUUCAACCCGAACCCCCAACAUAUAAAGCAGCGUGUUGGGUUCCAGCACAGUAUACAGGUGCCCAUGUGGACUAUGCUAAUGGUGUAUGCGCCUCCUUUGUGAAUUCCGUGUACCCAGGUGACGGGGAGAACGUGUCGGUGUACAGAGUUCCGGAAGAUCCCGAUACUCCCAUUGACGAACCACAACAACUUGUUCCUUUCCAACCGAAGCGGAAGGAACAAACAUCGCAAGGGUCAAGUACGUCUAAGCCAGAAACACGACGUGUAGGGGGAGAUGAUAAAACAAGGACAUAUCUGCGAAAGGACACGUAUUUUUUCACGGCUGUCACUGUGCCUUUAAUAAUGUUCAUCUUCGCAAUUUUCCUGAAACUGCCGCAUGUCCUAUGGUGCUUGAUGUCCGGAUGUGGAGCCAUCGACGUUGAUCAGACUUUGGUUACGGCUCGUGGGGGGUUGUCUCUAGAUACGGACAGUCGUGAGAGAUUGAACUCUGACCUCUGUCGUGCCGUUUCAGGAGCAGCGAAGUCGUCUCGUUGUCUUGGUUUGUCCUAUCUGUUCUUCAAAUUGCUGCUGUGUGUUGUCGUUGUCGGAGAACUGACAGUUUUGGGCUCGGUGCUUCUUCCGGAAGUGAACCAGCUGAAGGAGAAGAACGACGAAUUUUCUAAGCAGAACGCUUUGAUCUCUGGUUUGACCUUUUCUCCCAAGACCACUUCUGAAGCUGUGUACGAAUACGAGAAUGAUAUAGUUCUCCUUUGCCAGUUCAAAAUUCGUCAGUUCAAACUCAACAUUCAAACGUGGUCUGUCCAAUGUCUGUUCCAUUACGACACAUACACUGCCCCUGAAGCCACUGUUGAUCCUAGCGCAGCCAAUGAAAACGGAACAGAACCCGGACGUACCCAAAUGGGCGACCUGUUGUUGGGAUACCACGCUCUGCUGACCGCCGUGCUCGCCUUCCUGGUCAUCUUGUUAGUUGUCAACGUCUUAAGUCUUCUUUCGUGGUCAUCUCGACUUUGUCUUGGCAUCUGUCGCGACGUAUUGACCAGCGGUGGGUCUACUUUGUCCAUGGACCUGUCCUUCCUGCUUCUGAUGAGUAAGGAAAAUGGCGGCCCUUUGGUCACACAGGCUUUGGGAAAAAGUCUGGAAGGAGAGUCCUCGUCAGGUAGUGGCACGGGGAAGCUCACAGAAUAAGCAACACCGCCAUACCAAGGUCACAGGAAAGGGUAUGAUGCGUGACAGCAUGUCUUCAUUAGACGAAGUGAAGAUUAUUGUACCUUUCUUUGGGUUGGGAAUUUUGAAUAAAACCGUGUGGCAUGUUUCUGUGUGCAUUCUUUAGACGUCCUGUUUAAUACUGAGCUUCAGCUUUCCGUUCAACUGUUUGUGUGUUGUUUCUCUAGACCUUGUCAAAAACUUCUAAGGAAAUAAUAGAGGGGGUUCAAAUAGCGGGAAUGAGGUGACAAUUCAUUUGUAAGCUUUCCCUUAAGCGUUCUUGUAACCAUGCAUGGGACACACUUGAUGUGUAGGGUAAGCCCCUCCCUGCUGGAACCAGGCUUUCUCAACAGCAUCACAAUAGAUUAACCGCCUCUCUCAAAAUUUGAUGAACUUCGUGUAGAACAUGUGGUUUGCUUUUUCUUCAUAAUAUUAAAAAAUCUGACGUCCC